UCUCUCUCUCUCUCUCUCUCUCCUCAGAAAACAUGAGCAGCUAGCUGGUGGGACGGAUUCCGUGUGAGGGAUUUUCGAGCUGUGAAUGAAAAGGCCAUUUUCUUGCCUCAUCCCCUACCUAUAUAUACCCCUUUUUGUUCACUUCUUUUCUUCACACAAAACACUAACCCCACACUCUCUCACUCUACUCCUGCUACUGGCAAAAUAUGGAUUCCACCACCAUAUUUUGCUUAUUAUUCUCUUCAAUUCUCUUCCUCUCCCUCCUCAAGUCCCUCGCCUCCGGCAGCCAGAAACUGCCUCUUCCGCCGGGCUCGUUGGGGUGGCCCUACAUCGGCGAAACCUUCGAACUAUACUCCCAAAACCCAAAUGUCUUCUUUGCUUCCAAAGUUAGAAAGUUUGGGUCUAUAUUCAAGACUCGCAUACUGGGUUGUCGUUGUGUGAUGAUAUCAAGCCCGGAGGCGGUGAAGCAAGUGCUCGUCACGAGGGCUCAUCUCUUCAAGCCCACAUUUCCGACCAGCAAAGAGAGAAUUCUCGGAAAACAAGCCAUUUUCUUUCACCAGGGAGAGUACCACGCCAAAUUGAGGAGGCUUGUGCUCAGAGCGUUCGCGCCCGAGUCGAUCAAAAACAUCGUUUCUGACAUCGAAUCAGUUGCCGUUGAGUCCUUGAAAUCGUGGGAAGGCCAGUUGAUCAACACUUUUCAAGAGAUGCAAAAAUACACAUUCAACGUUGCAUUAUUUUCCAUAUUUGGAAAGGACGAGGUCCUCUACAGAGAAGAUCUCAAGAGAUGCUACAACAUUCUUGAAAAAGGGUACAAUUCCAUGCCUAUUAAUCUUCCUGGAACACGCUUCCACAAAUCCAUGAAAGCCCGGAAGGAACUAGCUCGAAUCUUGGCCGAUAUCCUCUCCAUUAGGCGGCAAAUGAAGCACAACCAAGCCGAUUUACUCGGAUCUUUCAUGGGUGAUAAAGAAGGACUCACCGACGAACAAGUAGCCGAUAACAUCAUCGGUCUCAUAUUUGCUGCCAGAGACACCACCGCAAGCGUCCUGACGUGGAUCGUUAAGUACCUUGCCGAGAACCCCUGUGUCCUGCAAGCUGUCACGGAAGAACAAGAGGCAAUAAGGAGAGAAAACUGUGGCGGAGAUAAGGUUUUGACUUGGGCAGAUACCAAGAAAACGCCAGUAACUUCGAGAGUAAUUCAAGAGACACUUAGAGUUGCUUCAAUACUAUCUUUCACUUUUAGAGAAGCUGUUGAAGAUGUGGAAUUCGAAGGCUAUCUUAUACCGAAAGGGUGGAAAGUCUUACCGCUAUUCAGAAAUAUUCAUCACAGUCCAAACCAUUUCUCACAGCCUGAGAAGUUUGAUCCCUCUAGGUUUGAGGUUGCUCCAAAACCCAAUACAUUUCUGCCAUUUGGCAAUGGGACCCACUCAUGUCCAGGGAAUGAGUUGGCCAAGCUGGAGAUUUUGAUCUUUAUACAUCACAUGACCACAAAGUACAGGUGGUCUGUUGUGGGCCCACAGAAUGGAAUUCAGUAUGGGCCCUUUGCUCUUCCCCAUAAUGGCUUGCCUAUUAGGAUGUCUCUCAAGAGAUAGAGCUCUAAAGAAAGGAGAGAAAAUUCAUUGGUUCGGGAAUUUGUUGCCCUCAUAGCUACACGUUUUUGCGAGUUACUUUAUGCGUUUGCGUUUGCGUAGUUGUAAGGAUUCCGAAAUCAAUGAUCCCGAAUAACUGAAUGAUAUUCUUUGAAGGAGGAGUCAUUAUCAUGUCCCUUCUAUGGAGAUCUUGCCAAACACUGGGUAUAAAGAGGAUUCUACUUUCUUGAGAAGAUUAUAAAUGAUGACCAUUUUGCCAGCUUAGGAAGAAGAAACACCCUUAGGGGAAAAUUUAGGAAGCAAUAAACGAAGGGAAAGAGAGAUUGUACAUGAAGAAUCGUCGUUUGGAAAUUUUGGAUAGAAAUAAUCAUUGAAGUCUAGGCAAUGUUUAUCUCCAAGGAGAAUGAGUCGACUGGAAGGUUUGUCUGAUCGUUAACUUCAGGACCUUAGAAUUAGUCAGCUGUGCGCAAGCUGGCUCGGACAUCCGGUUAUCAACAAAAUCUCCAAGGAGAAAGAUAGAGACAAUAGAACAGAAGGAUGGGAUAAAUGAUAGGUAGUUUUAGGUCAGUCCAAUUCCACGCAUGGUUAUGUGGUUUCUUGUAUUCUUUAAGGUCCGCAAGGCUAUUAGUGAAAAUAAAAUCCUGUAGUUUGAUUCUAAAUAUUAGGCAUGGGAUGGUUUUCUUAAGGAACAAUUUUGUACUAAUACUAUGCUGUCAUCUGUGUCAAUCUUUCAUAUAUUGAUAAAAUAGGUCUCAGACGCAUGCUAUUUUU